UCGAGAGACGGGGAGGGGAGAGAUAGUAGAGACCCGGGUUUUACUCACUGAACGUGGGUGCAGGAAACGUGGGAAGCCGACCUGGCCCCUGAUUUGACUGCUAGAGUUCACCCUACGUCAAGCAAGCUGAGGGAGGAGCGUGAUAUUGGGAGAAAUGAGGAGAAAAAGCAGCGAGGGCGCCAGCCAACACACGCCGGCUGCUACUGGACAGUCGCUGCCUCAGUACCCGGCUAAGCUCCGCGUUCAGCUGCUGGGGCCAGGAAGGCUGGGAAAGGGAGGCAGCCAAAACGGUCGGGCUUUGUGAACCUCAGGAGUUUGACCCGGGUGGCGUCCAAGGGCUGGCAGUGGGUCCCAGAAAAAACAGAAGUCUUUCCACGCUCAACUGUGGGAAGUUCCCCACUGCUAAGGAGCAGAAGGGCAGGGACGGACUGAAACGAAGGACAACGCGGUCGUGGGAAAGCAACAGCUUUGGGCGCGCGUGGAGCUUCUUUGACAAGCAAGAAGCAGCGCCGGCUCGUGUCUCCCCUUCUCUCCUCUGAGCUGCUAGUAGGCGCGGGGGGACCAGGAGCGGGGGCGAGGAGAGGAAAGAGGGCUCAGCCUCUGGAUUCUCCCCGCUGAGUUUAGCAAGGGAGAGCGGAGAGGUUCGCCGGGGCAUCUUUCCGAGAGGAUUUCCGUGGGAGCCACGCGGGACCCGUCACCUUCCGAGUUUGCUUUCCCAGACGGCGUAGAGCAUGGCAGCAGAAGCCCCUGCCGCUUUCAGCGACAGGAAUCAGAGCUGGGGCUCGCCCCCCUGGUUGGACUUCAAUGCCUCCAGGUCCUCCCUCCCUCAGUCCUCAGAGAAGGAGAAAGCCGGCUUCCUCUCUGAAAUUGGCGUCGAGAAUUUUAUCACCUUGAUUGCCUUCGGCCUCAUUUUCACCCUGGGAGUGAUGGGCAAUUCUUUGGUCAUCACGGUGCUGGCCAGGAGCAAGCCGGGCAAAACCCGCAGCACCACCAACAUUUUUGUGCUCAACUUGAGCAUCGCUGACUUGACUUACUUACUCUUCUGCAUUCCUUUCCAGUCUACCGUGUACAUGUUGCCCAACUGGUCUCUGGGCACCUUCAUCUGCAAGUUCAUCCACUACUUCUUCACUGUCUCCAUGCUGGUCAGCAUAUUUACCUUGUCAGCUAUGUCUGUGGACCGCUAUGUGGCCAUUGUGCAUUCCCGGCGCUCCUCAUCUGUGCGGGUGUCCCGUAAUGCGCUGUUGGGGGUAGGGAUCAUCUGGCUUCUCUCUAUUGCCAUGGCUUCCCCCGUGGCUCACCAUCAGCACAUUGUCCACGAAAAAUUCCUCAACCAGACCUUUUGUUGGGAAGUGUGGCCCAAUCUCGAGCACAAGAAAGUGUAUGUCUUGUGUACCUUCAUCUUUGGCUAUUUGCUACCUCUGCUGCUCAUCUCCUUUUGCUAUGCUAAGGUCCUCAAUCAUCUGCAUAAGAAGCUGAGGAACAUUUCAAAGAAGUCAGAAGCAUCCAAGAAGAAGACUGCUCAAACUGUCCUUGUGGUUGUGGUGGUUUUUGGGAUAUCUUGGCUGCCACAUCAUGUCAUCCACCUCUGGGCUGAAUUUGGAGAUUUCCCCCUAACUCAAGCUUCAUUUUUCUUCAGAAUAACAGCACAUUGCCUGGCUUACAGUAAUUCUUCAGUGAAUCCUAUUAUAUAUGCAUUCCUUUCUGAGAAUUUUAGAAAGGCCUAUAAGCAAGUGUUUGAAUGUCAGAUUGGUCACAAUUCACCUCUGAAUGAAGUUAAAGAUAAUAAGAGUAAUAUUGACACGCCUCCAACUACUAAUUCUACACACGUUUGAAGAAUGAAUGUGGUUGGCUGUUCUGCUGCUGUUUCAUAGGAAUGGACUUGCUCUAGCUGCUUUGAUUUAAAAAAAUGCAAUUCCCCAACUGAGCAAAUAUUUCAAUUUUGUAUGGGUCAUUAGUACCCAACUAAUUGAAGUUCAGUUUAUUUUGCUGCUGAAAGGAGUAAGAAAAUCUGAUUCAUAGACAAAAUACUUUAAUGCCCUUCUUACUGAAAGAAGUUUGAAUAAGAAUUAUUUUUAAAAAUUAAACAAUUAAUUGAAUAAGAUUAAUAUAUAAUUCCUCUUGCUCUAAUGCAUUUGUGUUAUGCUUAAAAUAUUGGGGUUUUUUUCUUAUACAAGUUUAUUAAUGUAAAUCGCUUAAGCCAUUUGUAAGUUGUAAGUUGAGAACUUUCUGUAGAGUAACUUGCAUAAAAUUAGUUUGUAUAGAUGCAUUUUUAGAUUUUUGACGAAAGUAAUUCAAAACUAAUAGUAUUAAUUUAUAUUCUGCUUCCAUCAAUAAUUUUAUGCAUAGCAGAUAAUUUGCUUAUUUAUUUAAACAAUUCUGUAACUUGGAUCCAUGCUAACUAUUUAUCUGCCUGGUUUAUGAUUAGAGUUGAUUUCAAACUAUUUUUUUUCUGGUACUUGAUAUUUACAUAAACUGUACAACGCCAGAAAUACAAAUUAUGAGUGGUGAAUUUGGUUAUUUACUAUAAUUGCAAAGAAAGUGAUCAAGCAAUUAUGCUUCAUAUGCAUUUUUAGAGGAGGACUAGAAUAAGUAACGAGCUGCUAUAUAGCUGCUUUCAUUCAAACCUAUCAGUUACUACUACUUCUAAGUGUGUUUGACAAAGGCACAGGAUACAUUCCUGUACAUUCUGUGAUGAACUGAAUGAAAAGGACAAUUAUAUUGGAGAAUUCAUCCUAUCAAGCAUUAAAAAAAUAUAUGUUUGACUUUUAAGAAGGCUAGACUUCAAAUCUGUUCUAUAGAUCUGACAUGUUGAAUGAGGGAGUAAGUACACAGUACAUUGUGGCAUAUUACAAAAUGCUAUUUUUCCAUUUUGAUGAGUUCCUUGGCUCUGAUCAUUCCGAAACAAAAAGUCAAAAUGCUCCAAAGUUUGUAGAAUAAUAAUAAUUAUGGGUCAGAUGCCUGAACCCCAGCUGUAACAAGGAUAAGAUCAUAACAGGCAGCGUUAGAAAGAAAAGAUGCAGAACUAAAAAUACAGGUAAUCCUCACUUAAUGAAUGCCUCAUUCAGUGACUGUUUGAAGUUAUAACAACACUUAAAAAUAACUUUAAAACCAAUGCCUGCAUUUAUGACUUUUGCAGCAUCCUGCAGUAGCAGUCUUCCAUUGUGGAAUGGAAAGACUGAAGAGGAAGAGAUUACAAGAGAGUAAGCAGCCACCCAGUGGGGAAUACACAUUGAAAGGAAUGCUGUGGUGCUUGCAGCCCCAAGCAUGUUUGGAGCUGGGAGCAGUGAACUGGCUAUGCAGACAUAGAGUGACUAGACCAAGGUUACCCAGCCAACUUUCAUGUCUAAAAUGGGACUAGAACUUAAGAUCUCCCAGUUUCUAGCCUGGUGCCUUAACCACUAGACCAAACUGAUUGUAUAUCAGAUGGAUAUGUUUUGCAGACAUAUUUAGGUAUUUAUCUCACUGAUAUAUCCAUGUUAUCUGGAAGGAAGCUUGUUAGGAAAAGCUGUUAAGCACGAUGACUAGCUGUGCUAGAAUGUAGGGUGAGGUAAAACAUCUUUGGUAUGCUAGACACUUUUUUUUUAAAGAAAAAAGUGACGUAGCAGAUAUUUUCUUCAAUAUAUCCCAUUCUCUUGUUUCUCUUCAGAUUGAUCAUGUCCCAUUUUGCUCAAGGAUUCUGUGAAAGUGUUAGGUACUCAAGAUUACUUCAGUAUUAUACCCAAUAAACCAUUAAUAUCCAAUAAAUGGGAGCAGAAGAAGACACUUUAAUCUUUUGAAAUCUGUGUCCUGUACUGUUUUUCUCUAAUGCUUGAUAUUGCAUCAGCUUAACAUUCCAUUUAUGCUUGAAUUUGAUCAUGAGAAUGUCUCAACAAACACCUUCGGAGCAGGUUGUUGAUGCUGUCUUAUGGAAGCAUUAAGAAAAUGGCCUUUUUUUAGAGGGAGAUCAUAGUCACGUGCAUAAAAGUUUUGCUAAAAUAAAUAUAUAAAUAGACAUGCCAAUUAUAAAGAUAUUAAGUAAGAGGAGCUCUAUAUCCCCCAAAGUAAAAUUCUUUUCCAUCGUGAAUGAUUCAGUGAUUCAAAUAAUUCAGGCAGAAGAAAAUGCAUGUUUAUGAACAUUACUCUCUUUUGGAUACUUACAAAACAAUAUUUUUCAUGGCUGUGCAUCUCAUAACCUGAAGAAAGAAGCAUCGCUAACAUGUAACAAGUAAAUGAGAAGAAAUGAAUGCUGCCAAGACUGAAUUUAAUUCAGAGCUGUGCAGAAAAGAUCACAAAGCAAUGACUUUAAACAGAUUGCAUUACUUGUUUAAUUUCUGGUGUCUGUUUUUCCAUUUAAAAAAUGCAUAUGUAUUUCUGUACCUGACUGUAUAACACAAAACAUAAACACUGCUUGAUACUGCAUGUGUGCCUUAAUAUUGCAUUUAAUUUUAAUGCCUCAGGCAUUUUUAGUCACUGGGUAGCCAUGUACAAAGCUUUGUAAAGGCGCAUCUUUCUGCAUCAUCUUACUGGUCUAAAAUUUCUUGGCUCAUGUAUAUAUUUCUACAAAAGCAGAAGUUCUGCUCUACCAUUGAUAUAGAAUAUCUUUGUCAGGGUUGAGACUUCCUUUACAUAUAGAUGCAAGUAUACAUGUAACACAACAGUACAGAUAGUUCUUGACUUACGACAACAAUUGAGCCCAAAAUUUGGCUCAACUGUUGCUAAGUGAGACAUUUUUAAGUGAGCUUUGCCCCAUUUUAUGAUGUUUCU